CACCCGGCAACCUUGUCUGAGAGUGCAAUGCGUUCAGCUCCAACUCUAUCUCACCCAACUUCUUCUCGACGAUGUUUAUUGAUUGGCGCUGAUGUUCGGAAUUGUCGCGCAUGAGUUGCGCCUGCAAUUUGUUCAUCCUGACAAGCAAUGCUUUCGUUUCAUAUGAAGGAAUGGCGUGGUUGUGGUUGAUGGAAGAUCGCGCGUCGUCCGAGAAGUAAUCCGAGAAAGGCGAACCUUGCAGUGAAGAAAGGCUGUGACGUGAGCUUUUCGCAGGUGUAAUUGGCGCAUUAUUGUUCUUGGACUUCGCCAUUGUCGAAGGGUAGCUUGCAAAUCGUGAUAGCGGGCUUCGGCUGCAUUCGCUCAACGGCGGGGAUGUCAAGCUGCCCAGACUACUGUUCUGCGCGCGUCGAUGCGCUCGUUUCUCCGUGCUCAAGACAGGAGCUCUCGGAGUGUACGAGCUGUUAAAGCGCGUAUGCUGCGGCUUAGGGCGCUCGCGCUGGUGGUAAAUAGAAGAAGGACCAAAGGGAAAGUGCCAAGCAGGCAAAGAAGGACUAGGUGAGGGAAAGGGAGAGGAGGAGUGGUUAGUAGGUGAAGUCGGCGACGACGACAUGAUGGUCGAGGCUCCCAAGAACAGGUUGUCGAACCUGUCGGACGUCCGCUGCGACUCUCACACUAAUAACCAACACCUCACUCUGCACCUCGAGACUCGAGAGGGCGUUGCGGAUGAGGAAAAGAAGGUUGGCGGUUGGCGGGAUGAUGCGUGGAAAGCCGUUGUCACGCUGCCAAGCUAUCCAAUGUCGUGCAUGCGCCAAUCAUCGGAAGAUAGCGCACGCCUGUGCCAUAGCAGACUUGCAGAGAUGGCGCCAAAUAUUGCCGUCCAGCCAUCAUUUGAAGAAGUCCAAAAGAUCGUACAAUCGACCAAAGGAAAGGCCAAUGCGCCCAAUCUGAUACCUGUGUGCACAUCCAUACCCUCCUCCCGACUCACUCCUUCCACGAUAUACCUCAAGGUCGCAGCCAAGUCGAAGCUGUCCUUUCUGUUCGAGUCAGCUGCAACCUCAGAGACCAUUGGAAGAUACAGCUUUGUUGGUGCGAAUCCGCGCAAGACACUCGUAUCUGGUCCGAAACAUGGACUCGAGGCGGAUCCUCUGCCUCAGCUUGAUAAGGAGCUUUCCCAGUACCGCAUCGCAGACAUCUCAUCUCUACGUCUCCCGCCUCUCACCGCCGGAGCGAUUGGAUAUGUGGGCUAUGACUGUGUAAAGUACUUUGAGCCAAAGACGAAGAGACCCAUGAAGGACAUCUUGGAAGUGCCAGAGAGCCUUUUCAUGCUCUAUGACUCGGUAGUUGCGCUCGACCACUUCUCCCAGAAGGCCGUGGUGAUCAGCUAUCUCCAUGUGCCGACAGGCGAGUGCUCGGAUGAUGCGCUUCAAGCGGCGUAUGACGAGAGCAAGCAAGAACUUGCAAAGCUGGUGCAAGUGUUGAAGAGCAAGGAGACUCCAGAGGUACCGCAGAAGAAGAUCAGGUUGGAUCACGAAUAUGCCAGCAACAUCGGUCGUGAGGGAUACGAAAGGCAUGUAACUCGGCUGAAGAAGCACAUUGUGAAGGGCGAUAUCAUCCAGGCCGUUCCCUCACAGCGCAUCGCACGGCCGACCGAUCUGCACCCUUUCAACAUUUACGAACAUUUACGCACUGUCAACCCUUCGCCUUACCUAUUCUACUUGGACUGUGAGGACUUUCAGAUCAUUGGCGCCAGUCCAGAAGUACUUGUGAAAGAGGAGGCUGGCCGCAUCAUCACCCAUCCGAUCGCAGGUACUAUAAAACGUGGUACGACACCUGAAGAGGACAUGGCACUCGCAGACACACUCCACAGCAGCAUCAAGGAUAGAGCAGAGCACGUCAUGCUCGUCGAUCUGGCAAGGAACGAUGUCAAUCGCGUAUGCGACCCGUUGACAACAAGAGUGGACAAGCUUAUGGUCGUUCAGCGAUUCAGUCACGUGCAGCAUCUCGUUUCUGAAGUGUCAGGUGUACUCAGACCGGGCCAGAAUAGAUUCAAUGCUUUCCGCUCCAUUUUCCCAGCCGGCACGGUCAGCGGCGCACCCAAAGUCAAAGCGAUGGAACUUAUUGCUGAGCUUGAGGGCGAGAAGAGGGGAGUCUAUGCUGGCGCAGUCGGCUACUUCGGAUACAACAGCGUUAAUCCUGCUACCGGAGAAGAAAGAGAAGGCGCAAUGGACACAUGCAUUGCAUUGAGGACCAUGAUGACGAAGGGCGGCGUUGCAUAUCUUCAAGCCGGAGGUGGCAUCGUAUUUGAUAGUGACGAGGGGGAAGAGUAUCAGGAGACCAUCAACAAGCUUGCGGCGAAUAUGCGAUGCAUUGAGCAGGCCGAGAGGAUACAUUUCAGUGAGCAGCAAGAUGUGCUCUCGAAUGGUGCAAUAGACGCUGCUCAGACAGGACCAGCUAAGGUAGAUAUUGCUGGUUAGAGGUCAGCACUAUAUCUCAAUCGGAUUCAAGAAGAUGUGGCAC